CUUUGCGGAGCCAUGUAUAACCGCUAACCACCAUGACUCGCUAUCUCACCCCCUCCAAGAUCGCCCUUCUGUGUCUGAUCUCCAUCUACACGGAAGGGGUCGUCCCCAACUCCUCCGCCAUCCAUGUGCUCUCCUUCCUCGUCACCUGUCUCAGUCCCUUGUCGCGAGGCCCCAACUCCCCCGCCGCGGAGAAGGAAGCGCAAUGCUCCGUCUCGAUCACCGACCUGGAAGAUGCUCUAACGGCCCACCAAUCCUCCAUCCCCGGUCGCUCCGUCUGGGACCUGUUCCUGAAGAAAAUCUGGUCCAUUGACUGCUGCGAUGCGCUGGAGGUCUUCUUCGCCGACAUCUCCGCCAUCCUGGUCAAGACUCGCGAUGAGCAGAUCCGCGACAGAGAUGCCGGUCUCGCGCCGGAGACAGGCUGCAUGCGUCUCUCCCGGUGCUCCCCCUUGGGCGCGUUCGUGAGAAGAGCCCAGCUGGAGUUCACGAGGCUGCAGUUUCAUGACUCCGUCAACCUCUGGAAGGGGUUCGUCAAGUACCGCCUGCCGACGUAUCAUGUGUGGGCGCGGAAGAACCCGUCUGACGAGCAGGCCCCGGUGGAUAUCAACCUGCUGAAUCUCAAUCUGGACACGAGUGAUCAUCUUGCGCAGGUGGCAUACGGCAACAUCGAGGGUGAUUCCGAGGAUGAACAGUACGUCAGCACGAAGGAUGUCGAGCGGCUCUUGGAAUUCCAGAUCAACGAGCUACAAAGCCUGGGAGGUAGAGUGCCGGAUGGCAUGAAAGCGCAGCUAAAGCGGAUUAUCACGUCUGGGGUGACGGUUCCCAACCUCGUACACUAUCUUAGAUUCCUCGACGCCUGGAGGGCAGGGGAUUACCCGUCGUCCUUCGACAACCUGCACCGCUACUUCGACUGCACGAUGCACACCCGGGACCGGAGCUCCUACCAGUACGCGCUGCUGAAUCUUGCCAUCCUGCAGGCGGAUUUUGGAUGCUACGGGGAGGCCGUCUCCGCCAUGCAGGAAGCAGUCUCCAUCGCGCGAGAAUCCCACGACAUGAACUGCUUGAACUUCUGCAUGAGCUGGCUGUAUCACUUCGGCAAAGCGUUCCCGGAGCAGAUGAAAGACGUGCAGAACACAGGCAUGCUGGGCAACGAAAAGGAAGGUCUCGCGUUCCUCAAAGCAAAGGCAAAAGAAACCGAGAUGUGGAGUCUUCUCAGCACGACGUACUUGAGCGAAGCGAAGCUCGAGAUGCAAAAUGGAGAGAGCCUUUCCUGUUCGAUCGAGAACAUCAUCCGAGCAUCGCACCUGAAUGCCACCAAGAAUCUCGUGAACUCUGUGGGUCCGCAGCUUAUGCUCCAGACCGCGCUGUACUCCAGAAUAGGCAACACACACCUCGCCUGGUUGAACAGCGAGAUAUUCCGCGAAUGCUACGCCAACAAAGCGCCAUUCGAAGACUACCUCAAGAGCACGUUCCGAAGCUGCCAGCUCCUAGCGCAACAAGGCCGCUACACCGAGGCAUCAGCCCGGAUCAACCAAAUCGCCCCUGAGAAACUGAGCUCGCUCAAAACAUCCCAAUACUGGAUCUUCUUCUCCGGCAUCCUCCAACUCCGACACGAAAUAUACCGCGACAACAAAGUAGCGUCCACCCACCUCCUCUCCCAACUCCAAGCCAUCCACCUCCCCGACAGCGACCUAAACCUCCUCCUGACCAUCCUAACCAUCACCCUACACAUCCGGUCCGGCCACUAUGCAGAGGCGCUCUCCACCGUCGAAGAAGCCGCCCAAGCCAUCCACCAAGACAACUUCGACAUCCACACGCAGAUCAAACUCCUCUGCCUGAAAGCGCACAUCCUCCAAAAAACCGGCCAUCCGCAACGCGGCUUCUCGCUCGCCAUGCGCGCCGCCAGCAUCGCGCACCGCGCGCGUCUCCUCCCAGCCCUCUGGGAAUCCAUCUGCGCGCUGGCCGGCGUGCUGCUCAGCCUGCGCGAAUUCGACGCCGUGUCGCAGAUGAUCGAGAGCAUCAUGCCGCAGAUCCUCGAGUCGAGUGACUGCGAACUCGCGGCGCAGGCGUACUCGCUGCUCGUGGAUGCGAAUAUGGGCAUCGCGGGGGUGUUGUGGAGUCAGGGACGGGGGGAUUCGCCGCUGAAGAAGGAGAGGGUUAAUUGUGCGUUGGGGUAUUUGGACUGUGCGUAUGAGCAGUUUGAGAAGAUUGGGGAUGUGAGUGGGCAGUGUGAGAUGAUGGCCAAGAAGGCCACCAUGAUGCAUCUUACUGGGGAUUUGGUCCUGGCGAAUGAUUAUGCGGCCAAGUAUUUGGAUUUGAAGAGGCAGGGGAGGGCGGAUGUGGUGGGUUAGCUUAGUUUUUAGUUGUGUUUGUAUUGCUAUGUGGAUUGUGGAUUGUGGGUUGUAGCUUUAGAUAUUGUGUUAUGGAUUAUGG